AUGGACAGCAACUACAGAUUCCUUCCCACUGAAGAAGAAUUGGUGAGCCACUUGAGGAACAAGAAACAGGUUGACCACAUCAUCCCUGAGAUUGAUAUCUGCAACUACGAGCCUUGCGAUGUGCCUGGGUUGUAUGCAGGGCUGUUCACAGAGCCAGACUCGCCAUAUCAGGAUAUGUUCUUCUUCAGCCCAAGGGAUUACAAGUACAUUGACAACAACUAUGCUCGCACUAACAGCGCCACUGCGCGAGGCUUCUGGAAAACCACAGGCAAAGAACGUGUGAUCAAGGCUCGAGGGUCCAUUGUGAGAAAGAGGACCUUGAUCUUCUAUGAAGGUCGGGUGCCUCCAUGUCCAUCUAACAAGACCAACUGGGUCAUGCAUGAAUAUUGUCUCAUUGAAGAUGAAGCCAACCCUACUCCUAAGCUGGCCCAGCAGGAGCAGAGGGAUUUUGUUCUGUGUUGCUUGAAGAAAAAACAAGAUAAGAAGGAUACUUCAAUCUUUGCUCAACCUGAUGAAUGGCCCUUGAUUUCUGAGAGUAGGUCUUUGAGUGUAACCUACAGUUUUCAAGUGACAUUCUGCUAUCUUGGAUCAGUGUGCCUCAAAGACAAUGCCAAGAUUGGUGAUUAUUUAAGCAAAAGGGCUCUUUUGUCUUUACGGUUGGGUUUUUAA